GUGCUAUGGACAAAGAUGGACAUCAUCUCCCCCCCCAGUGAAGCCGCAUACCGCCUGCGCCCGGGAGCCAGGCUUCAUUCGCCAUUCGCCGGCUACAAGGUGCUCUCCGUUAAGGGCGAGGGUACCUUUGGCAAAGUGGCCAAAUGUCGCAAAGCGGAUACCAACAAGACGGUGGCGGUGAAGAUGAUCAGGGACCAGGGAAACUUUGCUGUGCAGGCCAGGUUUGAGAUUGAGGCACUGCAGAAAAUCCAAAUGCUGGAAAACUACACGAGUCACCUGGUCCAGUGGAUGAGCACUUUCAGCUACAUGGGCUACAUUUGCCUGGAAUUUGAAUACCUGGACAAGAGUCUUUUCGAUUUCAUGAAGGAGCGACAUUUCAAGCCUCUCCAAGUCAAGGAGAUCCGACCCAUCGUCCACCAGCUCGCGAAGGCUCUGGAUCACCUAAAGGGUGCCCGGAUGAUUCACGCCGACCUCAAGUUGGAGAACAUCAUGUUCAUCAACCAUCAGCAGCAGCCCUACCGCGUCAAAGUCAUCGACUUCGGCCUGACGCAUGACAUCGCAGACGCCAGACCGGGCUCGUACAUUCAAAGCCGCCCUUACCGGUCUCCGGAGGUCUUGGUUGGGGCGCCGUACGACGAGGCUAUCGACAUUUGGUCCAUGGGCUGCGUGACUGCUUUUCUGUACACGGGUACACUGAUUUUCCCGGGCAAGAAUGACUACGAAAUGAUAACGUACAUCACAGGGACUCAAGGAGCCUUUCCAGACAGCCUUCUGGUCUCUGGAAAGAAGACGGAACACUUUUUCCAUCAGGAAAGUGAAACCAGUCUGUGGAGCCUGAAGACGUCGGAAACGUACCAGCAAGAGACCGGAAUAGCAGUCAGGAUGGCCGAGAAGUUCCAGUUGAGCUCUCUCGACCAUCUCCUCCAAGUAGGCUCGGAAAAAAUGUCUCGGGAGAAUCUUCACCAGGUUUCUCAUCAUGAGUUCUGUUCUCCAGCUCCAGCAGUUCCAGUGGUGUUACACCAGACACCCCUCGGACCAGGUUGUGUACUCGGCCGAUAA